AUGAGGAUUCUCAUCAGCGUCGAAACCACGCCUUUUCGGGAAGUGGCUGGAGAGUCUGAUCGAGUUUGCUUCUGCGAUUCAGUUACAGAAACUCAGUCAUUGCUCAGCACCCUGCCUGUUGAUAUUUGGAUAUGCGGCGGCGAUGAGGUUGACAGCAAUCUGAUGAUACAAUGGCUCGGCCACACCAAUAUCCGGUCAAAGUUGAUGCUAGUUAGGGAUGUGCAGAACAUAGGGCGAAUACAGAAUUAUACCGACAGUAAGACAGUUCAUAUCGCCGAGUGGCCACAGCGCAGCUUGAAAGCGAUUUCGUUCUUUGAACAAGUGCUUCGCUACGCUGAAGAACGCCAUGUGCAGACUCGCAGACUCUCCAGAAUGCAACCGACAUUGGCCAAUCGUCGGGGCGUCGUGAUCCUUGUUGGAGCGGGAAUCAUGAACCUGAUCAAUGCACAUUAUCUGGCCGCUGAUGGAUACACUGUUCAAAUGCAUGACGCAGGCCCGGACCCGCGGUCAACACCGGAUUGGAAGAAGCUAGGAACAACACAUGGUGGUGGGGAUGCCAGGAUGUUCACGCGCACCGAGGCGGACAACUACAACGAACAGGGCAACCAGAUUUAUUCCAGCAUGGACAAAAUCUUUAGGCGGACCGUGAGCACUGGCGGAUGGAGUGUGAAAUCACCCGACACAUUCACAUCUGCUGAAACGAACUGGGUCGAAUCCUUUGAGAGCCUGCCGGGGUGGUUGGCCCGGGCUUUCAAAGAAGAUAUAUACGAGAUCAAUGGGCAAGCUGGGCAGCUCUGGGAAGAUUUCAUGCAACUGUCACCACACCUUUUUCAGCAAGUCGGUCUACGUCAAGGCAUCACCCGCAUGUAUGUUGUGCAAGGAGACCUAGAAGCGUCUGUCAAGCUUAAUACUGGCCUUGGGACAAUGUUGGAGACUAACGAGCUUCAAGAGUUCUUGAAGGUACACCCCAACUUUGCCUCGGCCGCAGCAACAGAUCAGCUGGCGGGAGGGUUUACCAUCUCUGGCUUCACUCUGAAUAUACAUCAGUUUACUGCAAAGCUUGUUGAUUAUUUAAGGGACAAAGGCGUCGAGUUCCACUGGGACCAGCCGAUCAGUACUAUCAGACGCGAUCCUCUCGGACGCGUACUAGGGCUUGAGUCACACGACGGCAAGCUGCUCGAAGCGGAUCAUUAUGUCGUGAGUCCCGGGGUGUUGGGAAACAAGCUUCUCGAAGGGACGCUUUCUGGAUGUGUGAUCCAAGGUGUUCUUGGUGUAUGGCUCCAAAUCCCUAAUCUUGAGCCAAAAUUGAGCAACUCGAUCAAACUCCAUCGACGGGGGCAUGUCGUGGAAGAUAUCAAUAUUACACUGGCGACCGACCCUCAAACAGGAGAAGAUAUACUUGUCUUUGGUGGUGGAUACGGAUUUGUAGGACUUGAUAGACCUGCAGCCGACAAUCCGGAACUCCAGCUUCUUUUCAAUGAGUUGGAGACUGUGGCGCGAACAUAUUUUCCGCAAGGUUACGAUUUAGCCAAACGGAAUGGCUCUCUCUGGACUGGGGGUCAAGAAAAAUUCUGCAUUCGUCCCUUCACGCCUACAGGACUAGGUGUAUUCGAGACCAUCCCCACUGUAUCUGGCGGAAGAUUCAUCAUAACCGGUGGUAAUAACACGGGUGGGUUUGCCCAGGCUCCUGCUAUUGCUCGUGCAGUCCAGCGUGCAUUUACCGGCGAGCACGAUCCUAUACAUGUCUUAUUUCACCCAGAGCGCGGCCGCCAAAUUGAAGUCUCGACUAUUGUGCAUCCCAUCUCGCAUCCGCAGCCGCUCAAUAGCAUCCAUUCAUCCAGGUCGCUAAGAAUACUGUUGCUUUGUUCGGACGGUCCGGAACAUGCUUACUUACGGUAUUGCCUUGAGAAAGUCGCACCACUCUUUCGGUGUAUCGUGGAAACGCACGCAGGUCAGAUAUCUCAUCUGAAACGGAAAGGGCGCAACGUGGACGCAUGGUACAUGUGGUAUCAUACAAUGCGUCGUCAAGUCCUCGGGCUUACGCGCCAACGCCAGGCUUACUUUGCUGGCCUCAUGCCUUCCGGUUAUACUUCUUCGCAACCUGACCUGGUGGUUGAGAGUCUCAACUGCAAGGAAGUCUGGAACGCAGUGGAAUUUUGGCAGCCUGAUUUGACCAUUGUCUCUGGAACCAAAUACAUUGGUCAAAAGCUGAACGAGCGAGGUGGGUUGAUGAUCAACUUGCAUAUGGGAUCAUUGCCUGACUACAGAGGGAAUCACUGUGUCUUCUUCGCUUUAUAUGACGGGGCUCUGGACAAAGUAGCUGCCACAUUGCAUAUGCUGACAGCACAACUCGACGGCGGUGCGGUUCUGGACAGGGUCGUCCCACCGAUCCUACCAGGUGAUACAGAGGAGACUUUGUACACUCGUUGCCUUCAGAUGGCGAUGGAUCGUUGCGUUGAACAUGUUUCACGAAUUUCGUCAGGAGAGAAGGUUGAAUUCUUCCCUCAGUCACAGGAUGGUAAGAUGUUCCGGCACUGUGAUCGUACUCCAUGGAAGGAGAUUGUCCUUUGGAGCAAAUUGCGAUUCGGUGGAUUGCUACGCGAUCGUGGGACUAGCCAGAGUGAUAGCUGA